AUGAGCGCUGUAAUGGCUGCUUUUAUUUAGCUCCGUAAAAUUUUACAUUUAUAUCUUACAAAGAAGAUAGCUUUGACGCCUAUCAAUUACGAUAUUUCAUCCUACGUUUAUGGCAAUCACAUGUAGUCGGUCCUUUUUAUUCUCACAGAGAUAUUGAGGGAAAAAAUACCCGAAAAGAUCAAGCCUGUUGUGCUAACUGAAUGGAACGUAUUUAAAGCAGCCGGCAUUCAGAAGUCUACUCGAGGAAAGCGUAGUAGAUCUAAUCAUGUACAGAAACACGGUACUCGUCAAAUUCCUUCACUAAUACCAAGUAUUAGAGUAAAUAAACCUGUUAGAUCAAUCUCCAGAACUCAAAACUGCAGAAACUUUGCCAACUUAUUAAAUAUUCGAAAACAAUCUGAAUUCAGAAGUAUGGAUGGAAAUUUCCCGGGGAGUCAUUAUGUUCCAUCGCUUUUGUUAUCCAACACCAUGUCAUUGGCGCCCAAAAUUGACGAGAUCGCACAUGCAGUUAAUAACAUCGACUCUGAUAUCGCCUUUUUUACCGAGACUUGGUUACGGGAAAAUGUUCCAGAUGAACCAAUGAAUCGUGUUAAUGGUCAGCACGGGGGCGUAUGUAUGUAUGUUAAAGAGUCCAUCGAGUGUAAAGUCUUAUCUAACCUUUAUCAUAUAGAUCAUGAAGUUCUUUGGGCAGAGUUGAGACCACAACGUUUGUCACGUGGCUUUUCUAAUAUUAUCGUUGGUGUAGUUUAUCAACCCCCUGAUGCCAAUGACACCACUAUGAAAGACUAUUUGAUAACAUCUCUGGAGAAUGUCGAGUCACAGUAUCCUAAUACCGCAAUUAUUAUGGCGGGAGACUUUAAUAAGACUCUUAUGUCUCUGUUUAAAGCGGCUGUUACACUGCACGAAAAAUUGGAUUUACCACUAUAG